AUGGCUUAUGGACCGGAGCAUCCAUCAGUUGUUGAAAAGCUAGCUGGACAGUCUUACCUUGUCUCGAGUCUCAGCCCCAACUUUCAGUCCAUGAAUUAUUCUGCAAUUACUGUGAAUGCUCCAACUUUCAUGGUGAAUUUUCUGAUGAGCGGAGUAUAUUCUGCUGUAUCAAAGACAGCUAUUGCUCCGAUUGAAAGAGUCAAAUUGCUUAAUCAAAAUCAGAAUGAAAUGAUCAAAACUGGUCGGUUAUCUCAACCAUACAGGGGAAUUGGUAAUUGUUUUGCUCGAACCAUCAAGAAUGAGGGUGUCAUUACUCUAUGGAGAGGCAAUAGUGUCAAUGCUAUCAGAUACUUCCGUGCUCAGGAUCGUUGGUUUGCUUGUUUCCUUGUGGUAGGGGGAUUCACAAUUAGUAGUUUGGCUUCCUAUCCCAUUGACACUGUGCGUAGAAGGAUGAUGAUGACUUCUGGAGAGGCUGUGAAGUAUAAGAGCUCUUUGCAUGCAUUCCAAACAAUCGUCGCAAAAAAAGGUACCAAGUCACUCUUUAAAGGUUUUGAUGCACAUAUAUUGUGUGGUGCUGCAGGUGUUGUUGUGGUUGCUUCUUUUGAUAAGUUGCAACUUGCUUUGUUCGAAAAGGAAUAUGGGUAUUGUGGCGAAUUCCCUCUUUAG